UAAAAUAAGACAAAGGAAAUAAAGGACAAAACUAAAAGUUAAUAAAUAAAUAAAAUUUUAUCAAUUUUAAAUAAUUAAAUAUAUAACCAAUCAUUUGAUGCUUAAAUUAAAAUGUUUAUUUAUUACUGAUUAAGGUCCGAAAUGUAGGGUCAAGCGGUUAAGAAAAAAAAAUAGAAAAAAGAAAACUGAGAGUGGAGUAGAGAGCGUGAGAGAAGUGCGCGUGAGCUUAGCGAUAAGUUUACUGCUUGGGCAAUGCACAGUACACACAAAAUCAGCAAGCAAGUCAUCAAAAUCAAAGCUGACACGAGAAAAACUGCAUUAGCAUACACCAACGCCACUCAUUCCUGAGUUAGGUUUCAAUUUUAAUCCCUCUUUUGUAUCUUAACUUUUUCAGAAUAAUGGCCACUGGAAAAGGCUUCAUCAACACUUAUGAUCACGGUACUGCUCUUGAGAAGAAUAGAGUUCAAUGCAACUAUUGUGGUAAAGUGGUCAGUGGCAUCACUCGUCUUAAGUGCCACUUAGGAGGUAUACGGAAAGAUGUAGUCCCUUGCGAGAAAGUUCCAGAAAAUGUGAAGGAGGCAUUUAGAAAUAUGUUGCAAGAAAUUAAGAAAGAGGCUCUUGCUAAGGAAUUUGGGAAACAAUGUCAGCCAGAUCUUCCCUGGAAGAGAAACUGGUCUCCCACCCCAAAUGGUGUCAAGCAUAUCAAGCAUGAAGCUAGUCAAACUGCUGGUUGUGAGAGCAAUAAGCAGGUAGAUAUGGAUUCUGGUGCAGAAGAUGGUGCAGCAGAAUAUCUUCCAGUUUGUAACAGAAGAGUAGAUCCAGAAUUUGCCAUAAAUGGUGAAGCAAAAGAAGAUGCCUCAUCAAGGCAAGCUAAAAGAUGCAUCGGCAGGUUUUUCUAUGAAACUGGUAUUGAUUUCAGUAAUGCCAAUUCUCCUAGCUUCAAAAGAAUGCUAAAUACAACUCUUGGUGAUGGUCAGGUGAAGAUCCCUACUAUUCACGAGUUUAAAGGGUGGAUUCUUUGGGAUGAAUUGAAAGAGACACAAGAAUAUGUGAAGAAGAUUAGAAACUCAUGGGCAAGCACUGGAUGCAGUCUUUUGCUGGACGGAUGGAUGAAUGAGAAGGGUCAAAACCUGGUUAGUUUUGUGGUGGAAGGCCCUGAGGGUCUGAUUUAUCUUCGUUCAGCCAAUGUCUCGGAUAUAAUCAAUGAUCUAGAUGCCUUGCAGUUAUUACUUGAUAGGGUUAUGGAGGAGGUUGGAGUUGACAAUGUAGUUCAAAUUAUAGCAUGUUCAACAACAGGCUGGAUGGGAACUAUUGGCAAGCAGUUUAUGGACAGACGCAGAACAGUAUUUUGGAGUGUUAGUGCAUCUCAUUGCAUUAAGCUCAUGCUAGAAAAGAUAGGGGCAAUGGAUUGCAUUAAGUGGAUAAUAGAGAAGGCAAAGAUUAUCACAAAGUUCAUUUAUGGAAAUGGGGAAGUUUUGAAGCUCAUGAGAAAUUAUACAAAUAGUUAUGACUUAGUAAAGACGUCCAGGAUGAAGUUUGGUGUACCUUUCUUGACCCUGGAGAAUAUUAUAUCGGAAAAGAAGAACUUGGAGAACAUGUUUGCAUCAUCUGAAUGGAUGACCUCAGUUUGGGCUUCUAGUCCAGAGGGCAAAAGAGUAGCUCAUUUGAUGGGGGAUCUCUCAUUCUGGACUGGAGCUGAGAUGACCUUGAGAGCAACAGUACCACUGCUUCGUGUUCUGUGCCUGAUCAUUGAGGCUGACAAACCUCAAGUGGGUUUCAUAUACGAAACCAUGGAUCAAGCAAAGGAGACAAUUAAGGAAGAGUUCAGAAACAAGAAAUCACAAUAUGUUCCUUUCUGGGAAAUAAUUGAUGAAAUCUGGGACACCCAUCUUCAUAGUCCUCUACAUGCUGCAGGCUAUUAUUUAAACCCAAGUUUAUUUUAUUCAACUGAUUUCUAUAGUGAUCCUGAGGUUUCUUUUGGCUUGUUAUGCUGUAUUGUUCGCAUGGUACAAGAUCCGCGAACACAAGAUUUAAUAUCUUUACAACUUGACGAGUAUAGACAUGCAAGAGGCGCUUUCAAAGAGGGGAGUGCCAUUAACAAAAGAACCAAUAUUUCACCAGCCCAGUGGUGGUCCAUCUAUGGGAAACAACAUCCUGAGCUGCAAAAUUUUGCUAUAAAAAUUUUGAGCCAGACGUGUGAUGGUGCUAUGAAAUUUGGGCUAAAGAGAGGUUUGGCUGAGAAGCUUCUGUUGAAUGGAAGGAAUUGUAAUGAGCAACAAAGAUUGGAUGAGUUGACAUAUGUUCACUAUAACUUGCACUUGCAAAACACACAAUUUGGUGUUGAAGGUGGCCUAGGGGCUGAGGAGAUUGAUCCAAUGGAUGAUUGGGUUGUAGACAAAACACUGGAGAUUGCCCCCAAAAUUGGUGGCUUAGAGUGGAUGGAAGCAGAUUGCACUGAAGCUACUGUCAAUGUGGAUAAACCUUGUGAAUUUUAAGUAAGAUGUAUGAAUUAAUAGAUCCUAUUUUAAAUUAGAAGCGAAAGACAAAAAAGGAAAAGAGAGAGCACCGUAACAUCCACUGUAACUAGGGUUUCUUGUGCAUACUUUUGUCAGAUAUUGAUAGUCAAUAGUUGUAAAAUAUCUUGUGCUU